UGGUGAGAGAAGGGGUGGGAACGCUGGACUUCUGGACUUUGGGCAGGGCAGAUCCUUGUGAGUCCCUGGCUACUGAAAGAGUUUCUUCCGGGCUCUGGCCUGAGCGCCACAGCCGAGGGCUCUGCUCUGUGUACCUACCGCCCAGGCAAGGUCCUCGUGGCCAAGAUGUCAGGCCUGGUGUUGGGGCAGCGGGAUGAGCCUGCAGGGCACAGGCUCAGCCAGGAGGAGAUCCUGGGAAGUACCCGGCUGGUGAGUCAAGGGCUAGAGGCCCUACACAGUGAACAUCAGGCUGUCCUGCAAAGUCUGUCCCAUACCAUCGAGUGUCUGCAGCAAGGAGGCCAUGAAGAAGGGCUGGUGCAUGAGAAGGCUCGGCAGCUGCGACGUUCCAUGGAGAACAUCGAGCUGGGGCUGAGUGAGGCCCAGGUGAUGCUGGCUUUGGCCAGCCACCUGAGCACAGUGGAGUCGGAGAAACAGAAACUGCGGGCUCAGGUACGGCGGCUGUGUCAGGAGAACCAGUGGCUCCGGGACGAGCUGGCGGGCACCCAGCAGCGGCUGCAGCGUAGUGAACAGGCUGUGGCUCAGCUGGAGGAGGAAAAGAAGCACCUGGAGUUCCUGGGGCAGCUGCGACAGUAUGACGAGGACGGGCACACCGCGGAAGAGAAGGAGGGUGAUGCCACCAAGGAUUCCCUGGAUGAUCUCUUCCCCAAUGAGGAGGAAGAAGACCCCAGCAAUGGCUUGUCCCGUGGCCAAGGUGCCCAGCACAGCGGAUAUGAGAUCCCGGCGAGGUUACGGACACUGCACAACUUGGUGAUCCAGUAUGCUGCCCAGGGUCGCUAUGAGGUGGCUGUGCCUCUCUGCAAGCAGGCACUGGAGGACUUGGAGCGCACAUCUGGCCGCGGCCACCCUGAUGUUGCGACCAUGCUCAACAUCCUUGCUUUGGUGUAUCGGGACCAGAAUAAGUAUAAGGAAGCUGCCCACCUGCUGAAUGAUGCCCUCAGCAUCCGGGAGAGCACCCUGGGCCGGGACCACCCUGCAGUGGCUGCCACACUCAACAAUCUGGCUGUGCUCUAUGGCAAGAGGGGCAAAUACAAGGAGGCGGAGCCACUGUGCCAACGUGCACUGGAGAUUCGAGAAAAGGUCCUAGGCACUGACCACCCAGAUGUGGCAAAGCAGCUGAACAACCUGGCCCUGUUGUGCCAAAACCAGGGCAAGUACGAGGCCGUGGAGCGCUAUUACCGGCGGGCACUGGCCAUCUAUGAGGGGCAGCUGGGGCCGGACAACCCUAACGUAGCCCGGACCAAGAACAACCUGGCUUCCUGUUACUUGAAACAGGGCAAAUAUGCUGAGGCUGAGACGCUCUACAAAGAGAUCCUGACCCGGGCCCACCUGCAGGAGUUUGGGUCUGUGGACGAUGACCACAAGCCCAUCUGGAUGCAUGCAGAGGAGCGGGAGGAAAUGAGCAAAAGCCGGCACCGAGAGGGCGGCACACCCUAUACUGAGUACGGAGGCUGGUACAAGGCCUGCAAAGUGAGCAGCCCCACAGUAAACACCACUCUGAGAAACCUAGGAGCUCUGUACAGGCGCCAGGGAAAGCUGGAGGCAGCCGAGACCCUAGAAGAAUGUGCCCUGCGCUCCCAGAAACAGGGUACUGACCCUAUCAGUCAGACCAAGGUGGCUGAGCUACUUGGGGAAGGUGACAGUGGAAGGACCUCCCAGGAGGGCUCUGGGGGCAGCGUGAAAUAUGAAGGAGGUGAAGAUGCUUCUGUGGCUGUGGAGUGGUCAGGGGAUGGCAGUGGGACCCUGCAGAGGAGUGGUUCUCUGGGCAAGAUCCGGGAUGUGCUUCGUAGAAGCAGUGAACUCCUGGUGAGGAAGCUCCAGGGGACUGAGCCUCGGCCCUCCAGCAGCAACAUGAAGCGGGCAGCCUCCUUAAAUUAUCUGAAUCAACCCAGUGCAGCACCCCUCCAGGUCUCCCGGGGCCUCAGUGCCAGCACCACCGACCUCUCUUCAAGCAGCUGACAUUCAACCCAGCCACCAGGUCUGCUGGGUCUCCCCCCAGAGAGCCCUCUCAGCAUUCCCUAUUGCUCCUGGCUCUUCCAGCCCCAAGGUGGGACAGUGAAGGGAGAGCAGUUAACCAGAAGAUUGCUGCUGCCCUAGGGUCUUGGCUCCCUCCUCAGGAAUCUGCCUCAGGAAGGACCCUCAGGACAUCCUCUCCCCGUAGUCCUCUAGAGUAGCUAGCUCUGAGGCCCCCAAGAUGCAUAAGGAGCAGGUAUGCAUCUCAGAGAUGGAGCCUGCUGCUGGCUUUUCUGUCAGAGGGAUGGGGCUGGCCAGCCAGGCUGCCUUGAUCUGGCCUCUCUUGUUCCCUCUGCUGCCUCACUUCAGGUCCGUGUAUUUCACUUUUCUUAAAUAAAAGAAUCAGGUAACCA